AUGUCUGACGAUGGCUAUGGUGGUGGUGGUGGUGGUGGUGGUGAUGACUAUGAUUAUGAUGGUCCGAGUUACACUGAAGAUAAUUUUGACAACGACUACGACUUGCUCAAUGCUGGCCAAGAGGGCGAAGGUGUUACCCAGGCCGAGGAAGCCGACGGGGCCGCUACUGGAGACGAUGGCAACCAGUUGAAUGGUGUCAAUGGCGUGGAGCAAGACCAGGAGAUGGCUAAUGGAGAGGAUGAGGCUGCUGCCAUUGGGACAGGUUUAGCGGGGGAACGACAACCGAACAAAGUUCGAAUCACAACGCCGUACCUGACUAAGUACGAGCGAGCACGGAUACUGGGAACGAGAGCGCUGCAAAUCAGUAUGAACGCCCCGGUUCUCGUGCCCCUUGACGGUGAAACGGAUGCGCUUCAAAUCGCUAUCAAGGAGCUGUCGCAGCGAAAAAUUCCUCUUAUCAUUCGACGUUAUCUUCCUGAUGGGAGUUUUGAAGAUUGGAGUGUGUCGGAGCUAAUUACAGAUUGAUGAGAAUGGACAUUGCUGAUUGUAAACUUAGAAUAUUUGUCGUACUGUUCUCCCUUGUUUUCGCCAAGUCUGUUGAUCCGCAUAAACAAGUCCCAGCCAUCAUGGAAUAUUAUAAUUUACUGCGUAUGUAUAGCAAAAUGAAGCAGGAUAGUGCCUGCCACUCAUGUGUCCACAUUUCGUCCAAUAAUAACUUCAACCUUCCGACGACUCUGCGGACGU